CCCUCACAACACUAUGACACAUAGGGGGGCCCUCACAACACUAUGACACAUAGGGGGGCCCUCACAACACCAUGACGUAUGUCGGAAACCGGGAUUUGCUGGCAAUGAACUCUCUUCUUCUUCUUCUUCUUCUACAUUAAAUCAGCAGCUCUUGAGGCCCAGAGGAGCUCCGUAGGUGUUUCACCUGUGAAUUAGCCGCCAGGCGCCAGGUGCCAGGUGGCAGGUGAGGCCCGGAGGCGGCGGCCAACAGGUCGGACCGGCUGGGCGACCCAGAACAGACACGCCUGCUCUUCCUCACAGAGCCGGUCGGGCGGUGGACUAGACCUCGUGUUGAUCCUCGUCUCGGGGUCCUUCCUCCCGUUGGAGCUGCAGGACGGAUCCAGAACCUGUGCUCUGUGGACUCUGAGGGGCCCGAACAUGGCGACCUGACGUGAACGGGUCCCUUCAGCCCUCAGGAGACCGAGACGCGAUGGGAGUCUGCAGAGGUGGCCCCGCUGGCGGCUCCCAGCAGCGUCUCCAUGCGCUCCGUGGACAUGACGCACGUCCUGAGGUGGCGCCCCCCGGCGGCGGCCUGCGGCACUGCGCUCCUUUACUCCGUCCAGUUCCAGGGGGAGUUCGAGCUGAUGCACCUGAAGUGGCUGAACGCUCCUGAGUGCCAGCUGAGUCCUCACACUCGCUGUGACCUGACCUUUGACCUGGGCUCCGACUCCGACUACAACCUCCGCGUCAGAGCGCAAUGCGGCUCAGAGCUGUCGGCCUGGAGCGACCUGAGGGCCCCGUUCAACCGCAGAGACACUGUCCUGACGGCGCCGGAGAUGUCGGUGGCGGCAGUGGGCGACGCCCUUCAGGUGACCUUCGCCAAGCUCCCUCUCACCGCCGUGGUCAGAGUGACGGUGUGGAAGAGCGGCGACGAGCUGCAGGCGGUCGUGUACACGAUGCCGGCGGAGCAGGCCGUGCUGCACGUCGCCGCCCUGCAGGAGGGAGUCGUUUACUGCGUCCGGGCUCAGACCGUCCUGGACGCUCGGAUCCACAGCGGCAGCACCGGCGCCGAGUGCGUCACCAUCGCAGGACGUCCGGACGCCACCUGGAAGCGCCCGACCGCGGUGAGCGUGACCGUGGUGGUCAUGGCGUGUUUCCUGUUCUCCGUGUUCUGGUCCGUGGUUCACUGCCGCCCACGCACCUGUCAAUCAUACCUCCACAAGGAGCCGCUGCCCCACUCACUGGAUCCUGAUUGGGACAUUCAAAUCCAGGUGAGCCCUGAGCAGGCGGAGCUUUAUGAGCCCAUCCACGUAAGCCCCGCCCCCUAACACGUGAGCCCGUAAAUCCUGGGGGUCUUCGGGGGUCUGGGAGUCCUGGUAGUCCUGUGGUUCUUGUAUAUAUAUGUAUAUAUAUAUAUAUAUACUGUAUAUAUGUAUGAUGACGGUCACUCAGUUUAAAGAUGAAUUACAUGAAUUAUAUAUAAUAUAUACAGUAUGUAUGUAUAUAUAUUUAUAUACAUAACAUAUAUAUAUUUAUAUAUAUAUAACAUACAGU